AUGGCUCAUCACAAUAAAAGAAAUUUUAUGGAAGACAUGCGACUUAUUAUACAUGAAAUAGAAAACAUAAAAAUGGAACCAGAAGAGUGUAAUGUAUCGUGUCCGCCAUUUGGGUGUCCUGAAGAACCUUGUCCAGGACAAUUUAGGAAUACUGAAGUGUCACAAAAUUCAUCAACAUACUGUUCGGAUAAAAAUAAAAAUUUGUCUUUGAUCUCUACGUGUCAAGUACCAUCGACAAAACCAAGAUGUGUACAGCCUGAAUCUCGAGUUUUACCCAACUAUCAAUCUUCAGUUGAAAUUUGUUAUCCGCCAGUUCAUACGCCGAAUAACUCUUUUAUCCAAAAUCGUCAACAAUAUUGUUCCAAAUCUACUCCUUUGAACUAUUUACAUCAGCACCAUAUAUUUCAGCCGUCUCAUUUGAAUUCCAUCAGUCAGUCGCAUAAAAAUCAAAAUUCUAUGCCACCUAUUCUUGAGCAAAAAUCAUGCCCACAAUCUUGCAUAAUCACACUUUACACUUCGGAGUACAAAAAUUUUUUGUUAAAUCAUGAAGAAAAAAAAAGUAAUUCAUCUUGUUGUUCAACAAAAUUGACAUUUUCUGACACAAAGUGUUCACGCACUUUCAAAAUUGUUCCAACUGAAAUAAUUUUCCGUCAAUAUAUUCCAGGAAAUAUUUAUAAUACACCAUUGACCAUAACGAAUAUAGAUAAAAGCUCGCAUGUAUUUCGUUUGACGUAUGACAAAAAUUCACCGUUUGAUGUAAAUGCUAAAAAAAUGUUGAUCAACCAGAAGCUAGCCCCAGGAAUGUCUCUAAAUUACAAUAUAAAAUUCAUACCUGAAGAAAAAAAAGAUUAUUAUCAUCAACUUGAUGUUGUGACUGAUUGUCAGACUUUUUCAGUUCCUCUUAUUGCAAUAGGACCACGAGCUCUUCUUGACUUUCCUGAUCAAAUAUGGAUGCCCGAGACGGCUGUAAAAAUUCCGUCGUCAAAAAUAUUUUUAAUUCAAAAUAUUGGAAACAGAAAUACAGCGUUUACAUCGUUUUCUGAAAGCGAGUAUUUUUCAAUUGAACCAGAAAGUGGAAUGAUUAUGGAAAAAGAAGCUGUUCAAUUCAGUGUCAAUUUUAUAGCUUCAAAUUCUGGAAACUUUUAUGGAAUUAUUUAUCUUCAAUAUGAUACAGGAGAGCUAAUAAGAAUUGAUGCGAAAGCGAAUGCAGUUAAUUGUAAUAUAUACUUAAACAAUGAUCAAUUAAGAAUCGAAGAUACAUUUAUUGGUUUAUUAACCAAUGGAAGGUUGAAAAUUCAUAAUGACAGUGAUUACUUGGUCGAAUUCCAAUGGGUGAAGUAUAAAAACCCUGAAACAAACAUUUGUCACAAAGAAAAACUGACUGAAAUAUUUGGUGCAACAAAAAAUACUAAAAGUACUGAAUACGCUGGGUUGGAACAUGAUAUUUGUCGUCCAGAAGUUUAUAAAUCAAUCUAUGAAAGAAUUUAUACAGAUGAAAUGACUUCAUUGUUAAAAGAAAAUUUUACUUAUUCGAAUAAUCAUUUCUCAAUAACACCAAUCAAAGGAAAAAUAUUACCCAGAAGUUUUACAAACGUUAUUGUUGACUUUCAACCAACUUCAGUUGGAAAUUUAAUGAGUACUGCUUACUUAGAAGUUACAGGUCGAGUGGAAAGAAUACCAAAAUUUUCCUUUCAAUUAAUUUUAAGGCUUAGUGGAGUUUCCAAAGGCCCUGUUAUAAAAUUUAAAAAUCCGAUAAUCAACAUUGGUGAUGUUUAUAUAUUUACUGCACAAAAUGUUCAAGCUAUUUGUAAAAAUGAAGGACUAGUAACCGGAACGUUAUCUUAUAAAACAAAACUUGAUGAUGACAAUUGUACAAUAAACGUUACUCCAGAACAACAAAAAAUUAGAACAGAAGAAUUUUCUUCUUUUAAUAUAACUUUUUCAUCAUCAAAAUACGGUCAAUUUACUGAAAUGGUAGAUUUUAAAAUUGAAGAAAGUGACGAAAUUAUAACUCUUUGCAUUAGAGGAAACAGCAUUCUACCAGCCUUAAAUUUUGAUAAAACUCAUCUUAACUGUGGUACAACAGCUUUAGGAUUCACUUCAAAACAUGAAGUUACACUUUUAAACGACUCUCCGGUAUCCAUAAAAUUAAAUUUAACUAUUCCAGAUGGUAACGAGCCUCCAGUAACUUAUGAAUCUUUUACUUAUUCCGCACCAAAUUUAGUAUCAAACCCCAAAGAAUUUUUUAUUAAGCCUCAACAAUUUAUCCUCAACGCUAAAAGUUCUCGUAACAUUAUUAUCAAUUUUACGCCAAAUGUUGCACGAGUGUCAAAUACAUGUCUCAAAGUAAAAUUUGAUGGAUUCGACAGUACUCCAGUAACUCUUCCAAUAGUUUUCAAAAGCGAAGCUGCUUCUCUUGAAAUAGAACCAUCUAGCCAUGUGGUUGAACUUUGCUACAUUAAUUUUCCAUUUACGCUUCACUUUACGAUCAAGAAUAAAUCAGACAUAGAAGGAUUCGCUUACAAUAAAAAACAAUCAUCGAAGAAUUCGGCCAUAUUUUAUUCAAUGUCACGACAAUUGUGGCAUUUAAAAUCAAAUGAAUUCAAGUGUUCAUCAGUGACAUUAAUAGCAACUAAAUAUGGAAGACAAAGUAUUGAGAUACCAAUUAUUACAUUUGGUAGUUUGUAUCCUCAAAUUUUAACUAUUGCAUACAAUUGUCAAGGAGCUACUGUUUUAUCAAUUCCUUCAGAACUUGAUUGGGGAGAAGUGCAACUUCUUGAAAAAAAAUCAAUGUCAUUUAAAUUGGUUAAUUAUUCUCCGGUACCAGCUUACUUUAAAGCAAUUAUAAGCAAUAGCAAAUCACCUUGGUCACUAUCACCAACUUCUGGUGAAAUAAAUCCUCUUAAAUCCGAAAAUAUAACUGCAACAAUAUUUAUGAGAGAAAGUAAACAAUUAUGUAAUAGUAUAUUCGUUUCAGUAUUGAACAGUUUGACCGUCACAAUUGUGUUAAAAGCUUUUGGCAUCGGCUUACCAAUUAUUAUUGAUCCAAAUAUUUUCCCCACAUUUGAUAUGGGUUGUUUUUUUAAUAAACAAAAAAAAUAUUUAUCAUUAAUGGUCACCAAUGAAGGCAAUCAGUUACAAAAAAUUUUUUUUUCUUCAAUAGAAAUUAAAAUGAUGGAAAGUGAUAAACUAAUUACGCAUAGUAAAAAAUUUUUAGUAGAGCCAUUUUUAAUAGAUUUAUUACCACGAAAUAAACAAAAAAUAAAGUGUGUGGUAUAUUCUGAAAAGAUUGGAAAUAUUUCAGAAGAAUGGUGGAUUUAUAGCUUAUUACCAGGUCAAAAAAUGUAUGAGUUAAUUGGAAAAAGUUUGUUUUCGGCAAAGUUUAUCAAACCAUUGAUUAAUUUUAAUAAAAAUAAACUUUCAUUUUUUAUAAACAUUGGGUCUAAUUCAGAAGAAUCAUCAGAGAAGCUUAUCGAUGAAAUUGAAGUUACAAAUACAUCUGAGUUGAAUUUACAAGCGCAUGUUUCUAUCAGAGCACCGUUCAGUUUGCUUACAGAUAAAAAUUUAUAUACUCAAAGCAUUGUAGUAAAUUUUUGUCAUAAUUUAGCAAGCAGUAUACAGAUUUGUUUUAUACCUCUGAUAAAUGAUUCGCAGUAUUCAUCAAAAAUAUACCGAGACAUGUUAAAAUUUGAGUAUGAAUAUCCAAAAGUCGACGAAAUUGAAUGUGAAGCUGCGAUAAUAUAUCCUAAUAUAAUUAUUGACCCUGAUAGUCUACAAUUUGACUUAAUUUUAGGGAGUAUAGUUGAGAAAGAGAUUACAUUGACAAAUGAAGGACCGGUCACUGCUUAUUACCAAUUUUACUGGGCCAAUGAAAAUAUUGAAUAUUUAAAAAUAAAAUCAGUUUCUCUUACUUCUGUCAAUAGUCAAACCAAAUUAACGACGGAUGAAAUGGAUUUACAAAAUGGAUUUCAAAUAUUUAAAAGGAAACUUUCUGAAGAAAGAGUUGACAAUUUUAUUAAAUUGUUGCCAAUUGACGGGUUCGUUCCGCCGUUUUCUAAAAAGUUAAUUACUUGUACAUUUUACACUCAAGAUCCUUUACUUAUAAAAGCGAAAUUACAAUGUCAAGUUUUAAAAGGACCUUUAAUAAGUAUUGAAGUUGAGGCAAAAGCAGAUACCGUGAGAUACCAUUUAAGUACAAAAAAUAUUAAUUUCGGUAAUAAAUUAAUUUUUCAAUAUCAUUACGAAAAAUUCACUCUUAAAAAUGUUUGCAAUAUUCAAAUUGAUUAUAAAUUAUAUAUUCUUCCUCAAGAGAGUCAGAAUCCUACGAGAAUUUUUUCAAUAAAUCCAAAAAAAGGGUUCAUUAAAUCAGGAGAAACAGCUGUGAUUACACUUCAAUAUAAACCAAUUAUUCCAGGAUACGUUGAAGAAUUUUUUUAUCUCGACAUUGAAAAUUUAUCGCCGAUUAAAAUUAGCAUGCAAUGCCAUGGAAUAUUUCCUCAAGUGUAUUUACCGUUACCAAGGGCUAAUAAUGAUAAUUUAAUUUGUGAUGAAUAUUGCGCUCUUCAAUAUUUUGAAGAUUUGAAUAAUAACAAAGAAUUAAACAAUAAAAAAAACAGCUCACAAAUAAUUUCAGAAGCUGAUCUAUCAAGACUUACUUCAAAUGGAUGGUAUGUAGUUAAUUGCUAUGAAUUACCCCAAAUUGUGGACAUUAAAAUGUUUAUUGAAAGACAUUUUGCAACGGAAUUCAUCAAAAAAAAUAAUACACCUUUAUACGAUUAUAUUGUUACCUAUGUCCUAAAUUUAGGAUAUGUUGUAAUUGAUCAAUUGACUAGUCAUUCUUUGACGAUAUUAAAUUAUUCUUCUUGCAAAUUAUUCAUCGAAAUGAAGCAACCGAAAAGUCAAAAGUAUUUAUCAAAAUAUGGCAUUACAAUUAAAUUUGAAAACAGAAUUCUAGAGCCUGCGGAACUUUGUGUUCUUGAAAUUUCAAUUAAUCCAUCAAGCAAAAUUCUUCUUGAUAAAACCGGUGAAAUUAGAAGAGAAAUUUUUAUUGAAGUCGCUCAUGGUUGUACGGUUUCUAUCUUAAUAAUAGGAGUUAUCACGUUUCCGUCCUUAAAAACAAACACAAACUAUAUUGACUUUGAAAGUAUUUUUAUUGGAGAAUGUAAAGAGACACCAUUGUUAAUUGAAAAUGAUGGUUUGAUUGAUUGUCGUUGGAGGAUAAAAUUGUCUGAUGAAAAUAAAAUGUCAAACUCGUUUUACUUAAUUGAAACAGAGGGAAUCACUUCUCCUAAACAACAUAUAGUAAUUAAUAUCCAUUUUAAACCACAUAAAUCUGGUUACCACGAGACUGACUUAAUUAUUUUUAUAGAACAAUCCUGUGAGUCUAUAAAAAUAAAAUUAAUUGGCAGAGGAGUAGAACGUAAAUUAAAUAUCAGUGAACCUUCGAUUGAUUUCUUCGCAAAUCUUCAUGGCUCAUCAAAAGAGCAUAUUUUUUAUAUUGAAAAUCCAAAUGUUUGUCCAAUUGAAUUUUAUUGGGAGCAUUUAGAUAAAAUAAGUAAUGAAGAAAACAAAAUUAUUCGCGCAUUGCUUACUUAUUAUCAGGCUAAUGAAAUUUUUCUACCAAUAACGAAAAUUGCAGCACAGCUUCCUCAGAAACUUUACGAAUUUUAUUAUGAUUUGGUUGAUAAUGCAACAAGUAGAAAUAUUAAAAAGAAUAUUAAUAAUCUAAGUGAAGAAUUUGAUAAUGCAAACAAUUCGUGUAUGACUUCAGAAUUUAAAGAUGUAAAAGAGUCAAUUUCUUGUGAUGAAACUGAGAGCUUGAUUUAUUCUUAUAUUAAUAAUCUUCAUAACCAAGAUGACUUCUGGAAAACUCGUAAAGACCCAAUUAAAGAAAUAAAUGAUGAUUAUUAUUAUUAUUAUAAAUUACUGACUAAUAAAAUUUGUAUUGUAUUUCACGGAGCACCCUUUACUUCUUAUCAAGAAACUGCGUGUCGAGCUGCUAGAAAAAUUAACUUACCAUUAUUAAAUUUGAACACUGAAAUUACUGAAUUUAUUGCAUUGAAAAAAUCGCCGAGUGCGAUCAAAAUUAAGGAAAUAAUCUAUCAAAAGUACGAAGUGUUACUGGCUACCGUAAAAGAUCAAUUAGAAAAUUUUGAGUUCACCACAAAAAUUAAUGAUUCAACUCACAAAGAAAAAAUAUACAAUCAAGAAGUCAAAAUUAACAAAUUGAAAAAUGAAUAUUUAUUCAACUUUUCUAAACCGAAAAUAAAUGAUCUCAUUGAUAGUUUACAAACCAUUCCUAGUAUUGAGGAAUUACAUUCUAUGGAUCCAUUCAGUUGUUUAGAGUAUAAAAUCGAAGGAAUAAAUUUGAUAGAAAGCAUUAUUAAUUGUAAAAAAAAAUUACUCGAUAAAUCAAGUAUUAAAAUUAAAAAAAGAAGAUCUAAAUCUAAGCAUGAAGAAACUUUUCUUGAUAUUGACAUAAAUCUAUUCAAAGAAAUUUUAAAAGAAAUAUUAGAAAGCGAUAAUUUUAGAAAAGGUUUUGUUCUUCAAACUUUAGCUAAUAAUUUUAUAAAAAACCAAGUAGAAGUAUUUUCAUUAAUUAUUAAUCACAGUUCGAUAAAUGUUUUAUUUUUUGUAACUUUUGAUAAUUCAUUGGAAUUAUAUGAACGGAAAUUAAUGGAAAACUUGACUGAUGAAAUAGGAGAAAAAAAUAAAACUCUAGACACUAGUAAUAAAACUUUUCCAUUAGCUUCAAAUCACGAUUUUGAAGAUCAAAGUGUCAUUAUUGAAAAAAAUGUAGAUCCAAUUAUCAAAAAUGUUGAACAAAACUAUUCAGAAAAAUUGUUUGCAGUAAAUAAAAACCACAGAAAAUCAGAUUCGGAAUCAAAUAUUUACAAUAAACAAGAAUCAAAAAGAAAAUUAAAAAGUCCAAAAAGCCAAUCCCUAUGUGAACCUAUUUUAUUUAAAUUGAGUGAUAAGGAAGACGGAAUCAAAAAGAAAAAGAAAUCAAAAUCUGUGGCUAAAGCUUUUAAUAAUUAUAACUCGAAUUUAAAAUCAAUGUUAAGAAUAAUAGACAAUUGGACAUCUGCAUCAGAUAUGAAUGAUGGUCAUCGAUGGCAUGCAAAAUUUAGCGAUCCCUGGGACCUUCGAGUUUAUGAUUUGAUAAUCAAUCAACUACUCGAGAUGAGUGAUUUUAUUAAUAAAUUAUCUAUUGAACAAAUGCGAGGUCCAAAUCUUAAUUCUAAGUUCUACAGAAUCCUAACGAAGACACAACAAAGAAAAUUAUCUAACAGUGAUGACCAAGUAUUCAAAUUAUAUUCUUUACCAAAUUUUAGUUCAAGUGAUAUGUCUGGUACACAAGUUGAGGACGUUGAACCACGUUCUGCUAUGCAACCUGGUGAAGUCAAAUACUUUAAAAUUGUUUUCAAUCCUGAAAAUAUCGGUACUUUUCGGCGAGAAUUUUUUUUAGGUAUUAUUGGGAAUGAUAAAAUUUAUAGCAUUAGUGUUAACGGUAUUGUAGAUAAUCCGAUUCUGUAG